CACCACUCUUUUUUCCACGCGUCUCAGCUGUUUAUACUUUCUCUCCUCUCAAAUUUCCCUCCUCGUCCUUUCUGUCCCCUCUCCACAACCAGCAACAUACAAAAAGAAAACCAUGCCUGGCAAGAGAGCACGUAAAUCAGACACGGCCCCCGUCGCCACCAACGGCUCCGCGGCAAAGAAGAGCAAGGUGCUGACCGUCGAGGUCAAGGCCCCGGUCAAAACACGCGUCAUUCCUGCGAGGAACGCCACUACGAAGAAGACCACACCGCCUGCUGCGAAGAAGGCUGCUCCAGCUAAGAAGGCUGGUCCGGCUAAGAAGGCUAGUCCGGCUAAGAAGGCUCCUGCAAAGAAGGCCCCUGCAAAGAAGGCCCCGGCUAAGAAGGCCCCUGCAAAGAAGCGUGCUACUCCCAAACCUGCCGCACCUGCCGUGCCUGUUGCUGCUGCUCCCGCCGAGCCGAAGCUCCCUGAGCCCAUGCAGUUCCUGAAGCCGCGCACCGCGCCUGUGCAUGCGCUGGCCACACGGUCCACUGUGCCCGGCACAGUGUUUGUGUUUGGCAACGGCGACUGUGGCCAGCUGGGUCUGGGUGACGACAUGAUUGAGCGCAAGAAGCCGUUCCCGGUGACAGCGAUUGAAGAGCAGCAGAUCGUCGACAUAGUAUCGGGUGGCCUGCACACCAUCGCAGUUGCUGCCGACGGCAAGCUGUGGUCGUGGGGAUGCAACGACCAGAAGGCCCUGGGUCGCGGCGGCGAUGAGUACACGGCCGCGCGCGUCGAGGGCCUGGAUAAUGUGGGGAUUGCCAAGGUUGCGUGCAGCGACUCGGCGUCGUUUGCGCUGUCGGACGACGGCCACGUGUACUCGUGGGGCACGUUCCGCAGCGCAGAGGGCAUCAUGGGCUUCAACGAGGGCGUCGAGAUCCAGGGCCUGCCAAUGGUGAUCAAUGAGUUCCGCGAGCCGAUCAUCGAUCUGUGUGCUGGCGUCGACCACGCCAUCGGCCUGGCUGCCAGCGGCAAGGUCUACGCCUGGGGCUACGGCCAACAGGGCCAGCUCGGCCGCCUGGUCAUCGAGCGCCGCCGCAAGCACGGUCUGAUCCCCGAGCGCCUGCGCAUCCUGGACGUUGCCCACAUCGGCUCCGGCUCGUACCACAGCUUCGCCAUCACCAAGACCGGCGAGGUUCUAGCCUGGGGUCUGAACAACUUCCACCAGCUGGGCCUGCGCCCCGAGGAUGGCGGCAACGAUGAGGUCGUCCACGAGCCGACCAGGAUCACUGCCCUCGAGGGCGUGGAGGUCGUCAAGAUCUCGGGCGGCGAGCACCACUCCAUUGCGCUGUCCAAGGACGGCAAGCUGUAUGCCUUUGGCCGUUCUGACUCCCACCAGACCGGCCUUCCCUUCGACACGCUCGAUGCGGACAAGAAGCCCGCCGAGGGUGGCGAGUCCUCGCACAAGAAGGCCAUCUCGAAGCCGACGUUGAUCGAGGGCCUGCCCAAGAUUGUCGAUUUCGUGUGCGGAUCGAACCACAAUAUCGCUCUGGCUGAGGAUGGCUCUGCGUAUACCUGGGGCUACGGUGAGAUGCUGCAGCUGGGCAAUGGUGAGGAGGAGGAUGUUGCGCUGCCGACACGUCUUGCAGGCCAGAAGAUUGAGGGCAAGACGCUUAUCAAGAUCGCUGCUGGUGGCCAGCACUCAGUCAUUCUGGCCAAGAAGUAAGAUGCCUCGCAUGCAUGCAUCAUCAUGCCAUUACAGAGUGAGCCCAGUUUUGAAUAAAUACUACAUAGCCGAAUG